ACAUUUUCAUCAAAUCCACCUUUUUCUUCCUUCAAUUCCUCUGCUUUUUCAUCAACACCACCAAAGCAGAGGAAUAAAGGAACAUAAUAUUCAUUCAUUCUGCAGUUUUCUGCUCUUAUUCUUGCAUAAAUCUUCCUUCGAGGAUGAGAAAUUUGGUGAUUAAAACGCGGGAACUCUUGCCGGUGUCUCCUCUGCCCGGAAACUCCCCUCGGGCGGAUGUAGGAGAGAUCGAUACGAGGGCGCUCUUCCAGUCCGUCAGGGACACCGUGUCUCUGUUCGGCGAUGUCGUCUCUCCCAGAGGCAAGACGGCCGUGGCCAAGAAGAAGGCGGCGGCGGCGGAUGAGGUAAUUCCAUUUUCAAAACGCGAAAAAUGUAUUUCUUUGUUCCAACAAAAAUAGUUUCAUUGGUGGACAAUACGAGUUUUAAUAUAAAAUUUGUAAAGCCAGAGAAAGAUAGAGAAACUUUUCAUUUUUGGCAUAGGAUUUUGGUGGACAGACUGAAACGGAAACAUGACAUUAUUUCUGAACGAAAAAUGCGAUGUGAGUUCGCACGCGCUCUAAUUUGCGCGGUGCAAAUGCAGGAAUUGCUCGAAGCAGAGGCGCAGCAUGGCCUGAUGGUGAAGGCGCGUCUAAGCUACACGCAACAGUUGCGAACCACCGAGGCAGCGAAAGCACAAGCUCAGCGCGAGCUGCAGAUGGCCGAGAAGACGCUUGAGCAGCUCAACCACAAGCUCCAAACGCUCACGGAUUCCAAGGAAGCGUCCAUUGCAGCUACCGAGGCUGCCAAAGCCCGAGCAGUGGAGCUGGAGGAGGAGCGUGCGCAGCUGGGCGACGAGACGUGGGAGUCCGCCCUCGACAACGAGCGGGAGCUUUUCAAAUCCACCGCAGCAGAACUCACGGCGUUUUGAGACGGGAUUACGAUGCCGUCGCGGUGGAGAGUCUCGCGAUGAUCCAGAAAGCAGAAGAAGCCCAAGACGAGCUUCAGAAGAAGAGCCAGCUUAUGAAGGAAGUCGAACAACUUCAGGAGAUGUUCGAUCAGGUGAAGCAGGCCUCGCUCAAGGCCGAAGAGGAGUACACGAAGCUCAUCGCGGAGAAGGAAGAGUUGUUGCACGGUCAUAAACUAAACAAGGAGCGGAUCGAGAAAGAGAUCAAGCUCUUGGAAGAACACGUGCCUACCGAAACUCUCCAGGCGAAGCUCGACGAGACAAUGGAGGCGAUCAGAGUUCUGCAAGAACAGCAGAACGACAUACAGUCCAAGGCUCUAUACACCAUCCGGCAGAUGACCACAGAGCUCGAGAGCGCCAAAAUGGCGCUGGAAGAAGCCGUGGCAGAAGAAAACUCGCUCCAUGCUUCUAAUGAUUCAACUGCAAAGCAACUGGAGGAUGUGAGGAGAGAGCAGAAUCGGAAGCAGAAGGCAGUGUCGGAAGCAGAAUCGACCACUGAGCAAAUGCAGAGCGAUCUAGAGAAGAGAGAGGCUGCGCUCGAGAAAGCUAAGGCAGGAUGUGGUUUCAUUAUGCAAUCUUGUGUGGAGAAGCUUCUUGAAGAGGCCGAAAUAGCAGACAUGAAGCAGAAAACAGUAAGAAGAGCGCUGAGUUACUACGCGAAGAGGCCAAAGCAGCAGUAGUUGAAAGAAGCUGAAGAAGCCAAAGGUGUAGAGAGGCUAGCAGAGGAACAAAUCUAUUGCUAUCAGGGUCACGCCGAUGCAGAAUCAAAUAGUUCAGGAUCGACUGGGAGGAUCAAAUUGACAGUCGAGGAGUUCGACUCUGUGAACGAGAAGAUCAACAAAAGCACAUGCAAUGCUGAUCAAGAGGUGGCCAAUGCCAUUGCCCAGAUAGAGGCUAUAAAUGCAAGACAGAAAAUUCAGAGAAACUGGAGGCAUUGUUGAAGGAGAACGAGGCCUUACAGUCGUAAAUCAAGGAGGCUCUCAAGGAAGCAGAAAUGGCAGAGGCUGCCCGGAGGUUAGUUGAGACCGAACUCCAGAAAUGGCGUCAAAACGAACACAGUGGAGCUGCAAAAGCCGAAUAGUGAUCAGUACAUAGGUUUUUGGACAUGAGGGUAUAUAUUCAGGAAA